GGAAAAAUGGAGGAGAAGUAGCUUGAUUUAGCAGACCAAACACCAGACAUCAAAUACAAUAAAUAUCCACCAUACAGAUAAACUUUAACAGCAGAUUUAUUCUUGCAUCCAAAGUGAAAUGUCACUGAGUGCAACAUGUGACUCGGUCUCUCAGAAAAGGACUCUGUCGACUCUUCUGGCUGGUCGUGUUGUGAAGAGGCCAAAGCAGGAGGAUGGUCAGCGGCUGCAGGAGGCAGCGAUCCAGCUGUUGGAGCAGCAGCAGAGCCUCAGCUGUCUGCUCAGGGAGGUCGAGAAUCCAGAUCUGUGCAACAUUUUCCAAUCACAGAAUGGAAAUCAGAGUCAGGCAGAGUCUGAAGGUGUCUUAGCUACUUUUCAAGGUUCACUGCUGGUGUGUGAGCUGAGGCGCGAAGCCUCAAAGCUUGGUGUCCCGGUGGUGGGGCUUUCAGUCAAGAUGGUGCUGAAGAGACUGAGGGAGAUCACUGGUGUUGAAGAGCAGAAGGAGGAAGAAGACACAAGGAGAUAUCUGCUCUCUUACUCUCAACGAGCCCAGAUGUGUGUCCUGCUGGAGACCUGCAGAGAACUGCUGUCACAGGGAGCCCUCUGCCCCAAACUCCUGUGGCAGGAGUACAGAAGAGAAGAGAGGCUACCCAACCUGGAGAUGGUGUACCAACUUCAUGUUUACAGCAUCAUUACUCUGAAUUACAUCUUACAGAGUGAUGACGCCGUGAGACUCUGGUUGGGCUCUCAGUUGAAGUCUCUGUGCAGCUGCAGACUUUCACAUGGAGAGGAGGAAGAGACCAGAGAGGUUCAACAGAAGGUUUUAAUGACUUUGCUUGGAGUUUUGGUGGGAAUGGGCUUCGAGCAGAACCCUGAUCCAGCGCCAGCAGAGCGGAGGACGUCCCUGCUCUGCUGCUCCACGUUGGACGACAUGCUCUUCUGGCUGCUUGAUGCUGUGGAGGAGGGUUUAGACCCUCAGGCUGCAGGACCAGGACCAGGACCUGAGCUAUGGAUUAAGAUCUUUGAUGCUUCGUUGUGUGGAGUGUCGGCUUCAGCAGACGCCCUGCAGCGUUUCUUCACACACUCCCUUACACACUCUCUGACUUACAAGCCUCGACUUACAGUUUCAGAUGCCAUCACUCUGCAGAACAAGUGGAUAUUUGCAAAAUCCAGCCGCUUGUUGACGUCUCUUUUUCGUAAGCUGGCUGUGAUAUUCAACAUGGAGCAGCUGCUGAGUCACCUGCAACACGUUUUGGAAACCCAUGAGGUCAACUGGAAACAUGUCCUGUGCUUCGUCUCCACUCUGCUGGUUUAUAACCCCUGUGCCCAGUCCAGCCUGAGAGAUCUGCUUUCCAGACUACUGACUAAGGCAUUCGAAGGGUACGACUUGGAAAACAUGAUAACUGCCUUCCUAUUGGCUCGACAGGGAGCGCUGGAGGGACCCGGCAUAUUCCCCUCGUACAACGACUGGUUCAAGAUGUCAUUUGGUGGAGGCAGCAGCUUCCAUGCAACCAGCAAGAAAUCUCUGGUGUUUCUGCUGAAGUUCCUCUCAGACUUGGUGCCCUUUGAGCCCCCACAAUACCUCAAGGUUCACAUCCUGCACCCUCCAUAUGUACCCGUGAAACACCGCACUCUCCUGAUGGAAUAUAUCUCUCUGGCAAAGACGAGACUCGCUGAUCUCAAGGAAUCAGUGGAGGACAUGGGUUUAUAUGAGGAUAUUUCUGGUGCAGGAGGGGCAUCAGUGCAGUGUCAGGCCACCCAGGAUGUGGAGAAGGCUGUUUCUCUGUUUGAGAGUACAGGAAAAAUCUCAGCCACGGUUAUGGAGGCCAGUAUUUUCCGCAGGCCAUAUUUCCUGACACGCUUCCUCUCUGCAUUGCUGACACCACGAAUACUUCCUGUGAAGGCGGAUGCUCGGAUGAGUUUCAUAGAAGCUCUGAAAAAAGCAGAUAAGAUCCCUGCAGCUCAGUAUUUAUCCUAUGUGGAUGCCUGUCAGAAAGAGAGACAGACAGAUAGAAGUGCAGUGUGUUUGGACACUAAUGACGAUCCUCUGGAGGUCCUAAAGAGUCAGCUGCACGACUUCACACAGCUGGUUGUUGAGGGAAAUGAUGGAGAGAUGUCGGCACAGCUAUCCAGGAUCUUGCACACACUGAGCGUCAUCUUUCCUGGCCGUCCCAACGACUCUACUGGACAAAGAGUCAUCGACCUUCACAUCAACACUCCUCCGUCUCCCGAGCUCCAUGUCAAAGUCGUCAAUAUGAUCCUGAGAAACUUUUGCCAAUGCAUGUUAGGGUCUUGCAGAGGAAACCCUCCUAAUAAACAGAGCCUGUGGGCCUCCAGGUUUGUUGGCAUGCUGCUGGGUAGCACACAGUUCCUGUCCAGCCUCUUACACAGACUCUGGGACUUAUUUCAUAACCAGGGGUCAUCGCUGAGUGCAGCACACGUACUCGGUGUAGCAGCAUUAGUGGUCCACCUGCACGCCUCCAUUCCUCAAAGUCCUCUGGUUCAGCUGGUCCCACACAUCCUGCCUAGGCCCGUGCCUGUUGGAGAAGCUCUGAGCCUCGCGCUGGUUUGCAGCACACACACCAACAUGCUUUUCUGUGUCAGGUUGUGUGUGUCAGCUGUGUGUUACGGGAUCUGCAGAGGAGACACACUGCCUCAGCAACAACAACAGGACUACAUCAUCAACAGCUUUUAUAAGAAGCUUCUGUACCUCAUCCCAAGACUGUUGCCUGAAGCCAGAGGAACUACCGUCACUGCUGGAGGUCCAGUUAGUGAACACCAGGAGGAGAACUUGACCGGUCUGUGGAGCAGCGCCACAGACACCAACAGCAACUGGAGGAAGACCGCCUGGCACCUGUGGAGGCACCCUGCUUUUUGUCAGCUACAACAUAAACAUCAUUAUCAGUUAUUGUUCUCAGAAUGGCUGGCCAAUGAGCUCCAUGUACAGAGAAGUAAAGACGCCCUGUCAGAUCCCGAACGUCAGGAGUACCAGCAGUGGGCCUGCUUGGAGCACUACCUGCCUCUUUCAGUGGAGCAGGGAGGCUGUGGAGGAGACAUGAAGAACCUGUGCACUCAUCUGCUUAGUGCUAUCAUGGACCAGCAGCACUGCAAUGAGAGCCUCGAAAAACUUCAUCACAGAGUGUCAGAAACCGGAACCUGUCUGCCAGACAUCCUGUCUAGAUUACAGGAGCUUGUCUAUGAGAUGGAAGUGACCGACCUCUCUAGAAGCCGUCGAGGAAGAGCUGAUGUGUGUGACUCCCUUUUUGAGUUGGUGAAUCAGAGAUGUUCUCCUCCGGGGACCUCAGCUUCUCCCAGCGUGAGCACCGAGCUCAACCUGCAACACACACUGAACACAUGGAACAGAGUGCUGCUGGCUCUCCCAGCUGUGUUGAUCGUUCAUAUAAAGACUGAAGGAGGGAGGACAGUUCUGGACUGCAACAAGCUGAUUGAACAUGUCAACCAGCAUCAGAGGCAGGCGUGUUCUCCAGCUGGUUUGCUGUCUUUCCAUCUGACAGCACACCUCCUGAAAGGUGUGUUAUGUGCGAGUGUACGUUGUGGUCGCUCAACGGAGGAAUUCAACAGAGGCUGGUCUCAGAUCAGUCUACACUGUCCUCUUCUCCUGCUCUCCACAGUGCACUGGUGGGAGCGUCUGUCUCCUUUGCUGUUGUCUCUGUGGCGUCGUCUGUGUGAUGGAGAGCCUUUGCCAGAGCAGCUGCAGCUCCUCACUGACUGUCACAGCUGGGCAUCCAGUUUAGAGAAGGAUCCGCUGUCGUCGUCACCACCAGUACCUGCAGCUUCAGCUCUGCUGCUGGCAGCCUGCCUGCACUGUGCCUGGCGAGGCUGUGGUUAUGACCCACAGGGCUUUAGUGCUGCCAUAAAUAAGCUGAGACCAGAGAGGACGAAACAGGUGGUGGUUCUUCUGUUUUUCCUGUUUGUAAACGACUAUCUGUCAGCACUUCUGUUUCCUCAGGAGAAGAGCCACCAGAAAGCAAUGAGUGUUUGCACUGAGCUGCUGCGAGUGUUGGUGGACUCAGCUGACUGGCUGCUCAUUUUUAAUUCAAAUGAUAAAAAUGUUUACCAUUUGGUAACCAUGGUGACAUCAGAUGAGUUUACUCGACUGAUGCCUUGGGCCUUCUACAGCCUGCUGCUCCAGCAGAGUGCUGAGCUGCAUCAGAGAGCUGUGAGUGGUCCCGGGUUCCUUCAUACAGCUGUUCUCUGCUACAUCAAUCUGCUGCAGCUUUUCCUGGAAGGACACAACCUUACACCAACAACUGAGCACUCUGACCAUCAGAUGGAGCCUUUCAAGAUUCUGAGGCAGGCCAAGCAGUUUCUUCUGAGAGCGAUUUCACAGACGUCUCCAACUGCUCUGUCUGCCAGCCAACUCGCACAGCUGCAGUCUCAGUGUGCAGACCUGGACCCAGAGGUGGCAGCAGCUCUCUCUGUGCAGCUCAACCCUCAAAGCCUCAGCCCCGAGAUGGACUUCCUGUAAACAGCUACGCACUCAUGUUCAAUCAAAGACGUUAUCUAAAGUGAUCAGUUAAAUAUACUUCACAGAAACGUCUCACCUUUUCAAUUGUACAGCCGUUUGUUCAAAUGUUAAUCUACUUUACGUCCCACAGACACAUGUACCUGUUGUGAUAUUUAUUCAACUGUUCAGAUUUUAACGGGAAAGAGUCAAAAACUGUUUAUACACAGCUUUGUAAAAAAAAGUUAACAUUUAUUCACAUUAUAGACACAGUACUUUAUAACACACAUGUACAUCUGAAGCCCUUUCCACUGUUUACAACACAGACUCAGCAUUGUAACAAGUUCAUAAAAAACAGUAACUUAAUAAAACUGAAUGUUUUGAGGAAA